AGGCAAUGUGAGGAUGGUUAAAAGAGCUAUGUGCACUGCACUAAGGGUGGGACAUCAUCAUCUUCAAUUCUCAACAUUUAAUUGCAUUCAAUUUUUAAUGGUGGUUAGUUUAGUUGGCUAACUUAAUAUUUAGUACCAUUUCGUUAGACUUACACACAUUCAUAUACUUACUUAUUACACACUACUACAUACUCGCUGGAUUUAUGUAUGUAUGUACAUCCAGCCUUCUUUUAAGCAGCUCCUCUCCUCUUGAUCUUAAUUCUUCUUCCAGUGCACGUAUUUAUAUUUGCUGUAUUAUUUCUGUUUUGUGGUGUGUUUAGAUAACAACGGAGGUUAUCGUCAUCGUGAUGUGCUACAUUUUGGGGCCUUUUCUGUAAUGAGAAUCCUAACCUACCUUAACGACGACAAACAGGAAGGAAGUUGAUAAGUGGACGGAUUGGUUAAAACGGAAAUCAGUCAAAUCGGAACGAUAAGUGAAAAAUGUCGUCCCUGAUAAACCGAGGGUGUUGUGGGUGGAAAUUUAACUUCAAUCCGGACGAAAUCGAGCAGAGAUCAAGGUCCAGACAGAUUGACAAGGUGCUAGAAAAAGAGCGACGAGAUAGGAGGAAGCAAGUUCGAGUGCUUUUACUCGGAGCUGGUGAAAGUGGAAAGUCUACAUUUUUAAAACAAAUGAGAAUUAUUCACGGAUUGGGAUUUGAUGCGGACGCAGUUCAAGAAUUUCAACACAUAAUUUAUCUCAACACUAUACAAGGAAUGAGGGUUUUAGUGGAUGCCAGAAACAAACUUGGGGUUCCGUGGGAGAACCCCCAAAAUAGUAUACACGGGGACAUACUGCUCAGUUACCAGCCAGGUUUUGUCGACCAAUGGACCUUUACGAGAUUUGUUCCUUCCAUACGAGCUUGUUGGACAGAUGAGGCGAUUAGGACCGUGUUCAAUAAGCGGUCGCUCUUCCAAAUUGCGGAUGCCGUCGAAUACUUUUUCAAUCACUUGGAUGCGAUUGCAAACAAAGAUUGGGUGCCUACGAACAAUGAUAUUGUUCAUGCCAGAAGAGCAACCAAAGGGAUAAGUGAGCUUACCAUUGCCAUCAACGGAAUUCCAUUUCGUUUUAUCGACGUGGGUGGACAGAGGUCACAAAGAGUCAAAUGGUUACAAUGUUUUGACAAUAUUACGUCAAUAUUAUUUCUUGUCGCCAGCUCGGAAUUUGAUCAGGUGCUGCUGGAAGAUAGGCAGACGAACCGAUUGGAAGAAAGUCGCACAAUCUUUGAUGCCAUCGUCAAUAAUAGAAUAUUUACAAACGUGUCGAUUAUUCUGUUUCUCAACAAGUCAGAUCUAUUGAGGGCAAAGAUUGGAAGAGGAAUUAAAGUAUCCGACUUUUUCCCCAACUACAAAGGAGACGACGCCUCGUUGGAAUCCGUUCAGCAAUUCAUCCUUAACUUAUUCAUUAGUUUACGACGACACGAGUCUGGCCAACUAUUCUACCAUUUUACUAGUGCCAUCGACACGGAAAACAUUCGAGUCGUGUUUAACGCCGUGAAGAAAACGAUUUUGAAAAAGAAUCUAGAAAAUUUAAUGCUUCAAUGAGAAUGUGGUUUCAGAAGACGAUGGACAGAAGACGGACACAUUUUUGUACUAUGAAUGAUGAAGCCACUAAAUAUUUUAUGUAUACAUCACAAGCACAAUUCAUUUUACAGCCUGACGUGGGAUAAGAAAAUCCUAAUUUCCGUUUAUAUACGCUUUGUCUCAAUUUUAAUUUUGAUAUUCUACAGACAGAUCUGAUUUAAUUUCUAUCACAAAUUUGCAUCACGGUAUAAAAUGCAUUACAUCAGAUAUUCUGCACAUUUCGCAUCACUCACUCACAACGCUAGCCAACAGAGUCUCGUUUUUAUCGACACAAAACUUGCAAGAAAGGAGAAACACUACAUUUCCAUGUUCUUAUUAUUAUUCACGACGACAAAUAAUUGAGAGUAUUUAAUUUAAUUUAAUUUAUAAAAUAACUUUGUGUACGCUUUUCCUGCAUGAUGAUAUAUUAUUAUGACGAAUAAAGUUUUAUUUAAAUGAACCGAAUAAAGAAUUAUGUAAAAAAGAA